AUGAGUUCCACUAAUUGUAGGUUCUACGAAAACAAAUAUCCCGAAGUGGAUGAAGUUGUUAUGGUAAAUGUUCAAGAAAUAGCAGAAAUGGGAGCAUAUGUUAAAUUAUUAGAAUAUGAUAAUAUAGAAGGUAUGGUAUUAUUAUCAGAAUUAUCAAGAAGAAGAAUUAGAUCAAUUCAAAAAUUAAUUAGAGUUGGGAAAAAUGAAGUAGCAGUAGUAUUAAGAGUUGAUAAGGAAAAGGGAUAUAUUGAUUUAUCAAAAAGAAGAGUAUCAGCUGAAGAUAUUGUAAAAUGUGAUGAAAGAUAUAAUAAAAGUAAAGCAGUUCAUUCAAUAUUAAGACAUUGUGCUGAAAAAUUUAAUAUUUCAUUGGAAAAAUUAUAUGAAACUAUUGGAUGGCCAUUAAGUAGAAAAUAUGGUCAUGCUUAUGAUGCAUUUAAAUUAUCAAUAACAGAUUCAAAUAUAUUUGAAGGUUUAACACCACCAAAUGAUGCAAUAUUAGAAGAAUUAAAAUUAUAUAUUUCAAGAAGAUUAACUCCUCAAGCAAUAAAUAUAAGAGCAGAUGUUGAAGUUUCAUGUUUUGGUUAUGAAGGAAUAGAUGCAAUAAAAUUAGCUUUAAAAGAAGCAGAAUCAGUAUCAACUGAACAAAUGCAAGUAAAAGCAAAAUUAGUUGCUGCUCCAUUAUAUUUUUUAUCAGUUCAAUCAUUAGAUAAAAAUCAAGGUAUUCAAUUAUUAGAAAAAUCAAUUGAAAAAAUUAUAAAUAGUAUAGAAAAAAAUGGUGGUAUAUGUAAAAUUAAUAUGGCUCCAAAAGCUGUUACUGCUACUGAAGAUGCUGAAUUAGAACGUAUGUUGGAAAGUAAUAAAAAAGAUGAAAAUGAAGAUGAUGAAGAUGAGGAUGAAGAUGAAGAUUAG